UAAAGAGAAUCCUCCAAGGUGAAGUUCUAGUUUAACGAAUCAUGGGCGCAGGAAUAUUCCAAACUCUUCCUUGGAAAAUUAUUGUUGAAUGUUUCAGUCUUGUGCACCUUAUUUCAUCAUGAGUGUCUCACAUUUGUAGGUUUUUGACAGGAACAUAAAAGUAGUUGCCCCAGGAGAUGUGGGCGCUAAUGCAAGGGAUAGGACAAGUCCAGAAGAUGGAGUUAAUGGCCAUCAGAAGAUGGUUUCGAUUCUCUUGUGAAUAUUCUUGGUUUGAAGAGGUACUUGCGAUCUUAUUUGUUAUUAACAUUUAGAAAUUUUCGUUAGAAAGAUGACGUGACUUGCAUUAGGAAGUAGUGAAUAAUCACUGAAAAUGAUCUCUUGCUUCCAUUUCUUGACUUUGUAAAAACCUUGUUCUUUUUCCCCGGCUUGACUGAAUCAAUGGAUAACAAUAUACUCGAUAGAAGUUUCCUGCUUGUUGGAACCUUGUGUACUGUUUUCCCCUGGCUAUCUAUCAAGUUCAGGUUUCUAUUGUAACAUUGAUGCACAUUCCAUUAGUUUGUGUUGUUCUUUAUUAGUGUUACUGUCUGUCAUUAUUAAUAAAACAGUUAGGAUUUCUCUUUUAUCCUGCUACGUGGAAAUGACAUCUUCUACCCUAAACCACGCUUUACACUUGAUCAAUUCAGCAGUUCAAUUUUUUUCGAUAAUGUUGAUUUUUUCCAAUGUUUGGUUUUUUUUCUUGCACAAUAUAUAUGUCAUUUGCGUUGGGAAUUAUAAAUGUCUCUUUCAGUAUGAUAGGAGAACAAAUUCCGACACCAUCUAGCCCUAGAGAUGGGGAAGAUAUCUCCAUCACGCAAGGGCACCCGAAGGUAUGUUUUAGGUGCUGUGGAGACUUUUCUAAAAGCAUUCCCUGCUGCUGGGAUUUUUAGAGAAACUAUCACAAAGGUUAAUGUAACAGCAGUCUCCGAAUCAAUACAAAGCCCGAACUCACAUGACUUGCAGAUUUAUGGAAUUGUUGUGACGAUCCUUCUUUGCUUCAUUGUGUUUUGCGGCAAUCGGGUUGCACCUGCUUUCCUCGUACCCGUUUUGCUCUCUAUCUUCUGCAUAUUCAUCGGGAUAUUUUUGGCAAAGACAGAUGACCCUGACAUUUUAAAGAUAACUGGGGCUCUGCUUAUCAAAUGACAAAUGAUGCGGGAAUUCCUGAUUUAACUGGAGGCACGUACUGGAGUUUCAAUGAGCUGGUGGGUCUAUUUUUCCCUGCUGUAACAGGA